AUGAUAGGAACAAUGAAUGGAUUGCUUAUGAAUUUGCUUCUUAUUGUUGAUAAAGGUAGAUCAGCUUCAAUAAAUGAUUUAUGUAACUGGAGCAAUUCAAUGUAACCUUGGGUUUCUUCUUAUUUGUCUAUAAGUGGCAAAUUUUCGUCAUUCAUAUUUUAUUUAAUGAAAUUAAAAACUUAAUUAAGAAUUUACUUAAACUCCCAUGAAACUUAUCCUUAUAUUAGAGAUAUCAAACUGAGAGUACCUUUUGGUGAUAAUAAACUAGUGCUAUAAUGUUUGGCCAAUUUCCUAAUUGACAAUGAAGAAUCGCUUAUUUUUAGAAUGUCGGCAUUUAAGUUCAAUAAAGAGUUGGCUGAAACAUUUGACUAGAAUUACAUUCAUUUGAUGUAAAAAAUAGUUCUGCCAAAACUGGAAAAGAUUGCUCUGUUUUAAGUGGAAUCUAAAGACUUAUAUAGAGGCAAACCAGUAAUUUUUAGGAAAUCAGAAACCCCUCUAAGUAUGCAGAGUACUGAAGUAGUUAAGGUAACAAGGAGUUGCAGACGAUAAGUGAUCAAUUUUUUAGUGCAACUCUAGAAUACAUCACAAUUUUAGGGAGGUUGUUUCCUUUAGACAAUAUCUAUCAUAGAUUAAUUCUUUAUCGUGUUGCUUAUGAAAGAUUAUUCAACUUAUUUGUGCAAUUUCCUGAAAUUCAAUAUUUUGAUCAUAAUUUAAAUUCAUACAAUUUACCUCCAGCUUUUCCUCCUUAGUCUAUGA